UGGAAAGCGGGGCCUUUAUGUUCAAUAAGGCCAGGGAUGUGGUCAACAAAACAGAGGCAAUACUUUUAGGCAAACGGAUAGCAAAAGAUCACAAAUGCAGCGAAAGUGAGGAUUGGUUGCAAUGUUUGCGAGGAUUGGAUGCAAAAGAGUUUAACAAAUACUCAGAUCCCGUAACAUAUCCUGUAUUUGAAACUGAAUUUCUACCCAUUUCUGCGCAAAAGGCAUUUGUGAGCAAAAAAUAUAACUCAGAUGUGGAUAUAAUGGCAGGCAUUGCCAGCACUGAGGGCUCAAUGCUAUCCUAUUUAGUGCUUCAAAUUAAAGAUAAGAUAACUUUGGAUGACUUUAUUGAGUACACGAAGCAAACAGACGCUCUUUACCACGGAUUUGAUAUCAAACGUGUGGACGACUAUUAUCUACAAAAUGUCGACAAAAACAGUUCACUUGAGCUCAAGAAAGCGUUUUAUCAAUUGUUUGGGGAUAUGAUAAUGAAAUGUCCGACAUAUCUGUUUGCUAAACAAGUGGCCACAACUGCACAACCUGAUCAUAAUGUAUAUUUCUACCAGGUCACUUAUCAAAACAAAUAUACUGCUCAUACAAUGGGCUGCGAUAAGGAAGGUAUGGGUAUAUGUCAUUGUGCUGAGGCUCCGUUUGUUAGCGGCUGGCCGUUUGUAAUACCCGACGCUUAUAGCGAUAUCGACGCUAUAUUUAGCUCAGACUUAAUGAAAAUGUGGACUAAUUUUGCUAAAUAUGGCAAACCAACCUUGUCAAUUGUGUUAUUUUUUGUGACAAUUAUUUUGCCUCCGCUAUCCAAAGGCCUAUUCAAGAGGGCUAUUAUAGAGAGCGGCGCCCAUAUGUAUAACAAGGAUAGGGAUAUCGUUAGUAAAGAUGAGUCAAUACUUUUAGGCAAACGGAUAGCAAAAGAGCAGAAUUGCAGCGAAAGUGAGGAUUGGUUGCAAUGUUUGCGAGGAUUGGAUGCAAAGGUGUUCAACAAAUAUGAUUGA